UAUAAUGUAAACUGCUCUUUGCUUUUAUUUGAGGAACGAUGCAUAAAAAUUCUGUACACAUCAUAUCUAUGCUUAUUUUAAGCACGUACACUUUACUUUGUUUAUGUUCAAUGGAAAUUCCAUAUUGUGAAUCGGGCUUUAAAGGAUGUUGUGGAAAUUACAAGUGGAAUACAGAAACUCAGCAAUGUGAAAAAUGUUUACCCGGAUACAGUGGAACCAACUGUAGUCAACCAUGUCCUUAUCCCUUUUAUGGAGACUGGUGUCAAGGAAAAUGUGACUGUGACAACAACACAUGUGAUGUCUCAGUUGGUUGCCUGAUACACACUACUUGUUAGUGUCAUUAAAUUUAUAUAUUUUUUUAAAUAAAAAGGGGGGAAAUCAAAUCUUUCAGUCGAAAAAAAAAUACUGGAAGUUAUUGUAUGGAUAGCAAAAAAGAAGCUUUCGGGAAAAAUACUUGAUUUUCAAGGAAACUCUACUUCACUAAAUGGCAGACAGAUUUAUUUUAUCCUACCAGCGCAUUUGAUUCUAAACUAGUAAUAAGCAACCUUA